AUUCAUCUUUCUCAUUGCCAUUUCUAACCUUUGCCUAUACUCUAGCACUAAAUCUAGGUAGAAAAGCUAAGAUUUUUGGCUAGAUUUCACCAACAUUUCCACCCUAAAUGUUCAUGAGUAAAAUGGGGAUUUUUGUGAACGAUUGGAAAGAAGUUGAAGGAUGAGGGACCCAGUUGAAGAAAUGAAAAGUCGGAGGGGUGAAAUGCAAAGAAAAGAGGGGAUCUGGAACGUUCUCCUUCCCCCAUCAAUCUUUCCUCUCUUCUGCAACCGAGUUAGCCUACCCCUCUGCACCACGCCUGCGCUCAGCACCCCUAGCUCCUACGCCCCUAGCUCAUGCGCCCAGCUCUGUACCGAGCCCUGCAUCCCCGGCCUCUGCGCGCCUGCACUCUGCGCGCCUGCACUCUGCGCCCAAUCCCUGCCCUGCAUCGAGCCCUGCCUUGCACGCUUCUGUUCCCUCUCCUCUGCGCCUCACUGCUGGCCUUGCUUCCUGCACCUGCUCUGCACCGAAUCUGCAUCAAUCUCCAGCUCUGCACUGCACCAGCCUUCCUCUACACCAGAUCCCCUCUCCUCUGCGCCACCCACUGCCGGCAAUGAUGUCCCUUUGCACGCCAGCAUCGCGGGCAAUCAUACCCCUCUGCACCGAGCCUGCGCGCAAUCAUGCACUCCAGCACCCCCUGCUCUGCGCCCCUACCUGCUACACCGAGCCUAAACCCCUGCUGCUCUGCCAGAGGCCUGCACAAGAAACAAAAAAAAAAAAAAGAGCUUUCGGUCCUCGCUUUUUCCCUGCAGAAACCAGUAGCUUGUCGAGAGGCUAAAAGGUUCAAAUCUUGGCAUUUUGGGAAUCAACGGUGGAGAAGAAAAAAGGAGGAUCGGAAGGCUAGGAAGAGGAGGGUUUUUGCCUUUGCUUUUAUGGGGUAUAAAUAGAGGGUUUUAGGUUAGAAAGAGGGGGUUUUUCUUUGGUUUGAGCUUGGUGCUGACGGCGGUUGAAAGGGAGGCUAAUUUCUCUGUGUUUGCUUCUACUUUAGGUAAUUUCUGAACA